CGCACUGGCGCACCAUCACCACCACCUCUCUUUGCCUCCGCACCACCAGCACGUUUCGCCGGUACGCCUCUUCUCCCCCGCCUCCUUUCAUUCUCCCUUCGUCUCUCUCAAUCCUAUCCUAUCUUUUUACCCAUUACCCCUUCCUGCGUGCCUCCGCCGCAUCUUGCCUGAUUGCUGCGGUUCCUCCCGUAGGCGGGUAGUGAAUGAUCGAUCAUCUAUUGGGGAUACCGAUCAUCUCUUGGAGCUACCUCCAUUGGCCUUGUGCUUGAGGAGCGAAGGAAAGAUCUAGCUUUUGUUGUUCAGGUAUAAAUUGACAUUUCUGUUGGAUGCACAUAUCAAUCCACAAAGAAUGAGAAAAGGUAGAGUCAGAUGGAAUCAAGAAAACUUGGAUGAAAUUGAAGCAAACAAACCAGUGAGACAGAAAAUAAUGGAACCGAAGACACCUUUCCAUCAUAUGGUUGAUGAUGAUGGUUCUCUAUCACCUAAACAAACUUUUGCUGAUUUCACGGAUAGUGCAGCUCAUGCUGAAGCUCUCAUCGCUGCAUUGAAUCAUAUAGCUUCUUCAUGUAGAAACUCAAAUGGUGAUUGGGCUUCUUCUGAAGAUGAAACUGAGGCAAUGGAGCAAGAUGAUGAUUCUGAAGCGGAUGCUACAAGGUUUAGUUUCAGUGAGCACCGAAAAGGUCACUACAAUGAAUUCCACAAGGUCAAAAAAUUCCAGCAAGCAGGAUCUUUGGCGCAGAAUGAUUACGACGAUGAUGAUGGAGAAAACAUGAGUCUAGAGAAAGGCAAUGAGGAAUCUGCGCAUGCGAAACUUUCAAAUUCCUAGAGCUACAUCCUCCUUGUGAUACACUUUUGGAACAAUUGCACAAGGGAACUCCAUUGAUCCUUUUGUACAUGGCUCAAAUCUUAUGACUUUAGCAUGUACGCAAGGAAAAAAAACCCAGCAAAGUGAAUUUUUGGUAUCUCUUAGAAAAGCUAAGCAAGAAAGUAGCGAAAAGAUUGCUCAACUUAAACUCCUUUCUCAUUGUAGCAAUGUAGUUAUAGUUGAACUCUUUCUUUAAACCCCUGGAUUUCUGUUCA